GUUUCUCUGAUUACAACCACCGACACAACCAGCUAUGUCGAAGUCCCAGGUCCAGGAGCCCCAGGCGGAGAGCUUAUCCAGUAGGCAGAGAUGUCCACAGGCCAGUGGGCUGGAGAGCCUGGCGCCUCUGGUAAGUUCUGUGGAGGAAACCCCUGAUCCGAUCCCCACCACCAUCAAGGGAACUAUACCAACCUGGAUCAAUGGGAGCUUCCUGAGAAAUGGACCUGGGAAAUUUGAAUUCGGAAACGACAGAUACGUCCACUGGUUUGACGGCAUGGCACUGAUGCACCGCUUUCACAUCAGUGAGGGCAAUGUCACCUACAGCAGCCGCUUCCUCAGAAGCAACUCAUAUGUCCAGAACUCAGAGAAGAACCGCAUCGUGGUUUCAGAGUUCGGGACAUUAGCCAUGCCUGAUCCCUGCAAGAAUAUCUUUGCACGAUUCUUUUCAUACUUUCAGAUUCCUGAGGCUACAGAUAAUGCCGGUGUGAACUUUGUCAAGUACAAAGGAGACUAUUACGUCAGUACGGAAACUAACUACAUGAGGAGAAUAGACCCAGAAAGUCUGGAGACAAAGGAGAAGGUGGACUGGAGUAAGUUUGUUGCUGUUAACUCAGCCACAGCUCAUCCACACUAUGACCGUGAAGGCGCCACAUACAAUAUGGGAAAUUCCUACGGCAGAAAUGGCUUUUUCUAUAACAUCGUCCGUGUUCCUCCUCCUGGGGAGAAUGCAGCGACGCAGGACUCAGCCAACCUGACUGGAGCCGAAGUGAUCUGCUCCAUCCGUGCAGCUGAACCCAGAAAACCUUCCUAUUAUCACAGUUUUGUCAUGUCGGAGAACUACAUUGUGUUCAUUGAGCAGCCUAUCAAGCUGAACCUGAUGAUGAUGCUGCUGUACAGAAUAAUGGGAAAAAGCUUUGACAAGAUCAUGUCCUGGGAGCCUCAGUACGGCACCGUCUUCCACCUUGUGGACAGACACACCGGCAAGGAAAGUGAAGUAAAGUACAAAGCAGCACCGAUGUUCACACUGCAUCAGAUCAAUGCUUUUGAGGAGGAUGGGUUCCUGGUGAUGGACCUGUGCUGUGGGGACGAUGGUGCGGUCAUUGGGGACUUCACCCUGGAGAACCUCAGACGAGAAUCUGGAGAGGAAACAGAUAAGUUUUACAACUCAUUGUGUAGAAACCUCCCAAGGAGAUACGUCCUGCCUCUGAACGUGGAUGAACAAACUCCUUUGAACCAAAACCUUGUCACUCUGCAUAACUAUAAAGCCGCGGCAACAAAGACACAACCUGGAGAGGUUUACAUGACGCACGAGGAGCUCCACAGUGAUGAGCUGCUGCAGUACGGCGGCCUUGAGUUCCCCCAGAUCAAUUAUGAGAAGUGCAACGGCAGACCUUACCGCUACUUCUACUCCUGUGGCUUUGGACACGUCUUCGGUGACUCCCUGCUCAAAAUGGAUGUCCACACCAAGGAGCUUAAGGUGUGGCGUUAUGCUGGCUUGUACCCGUCUGAGCCUGUCUUUGUUGCGUCGCCCGAAGCUACUGAAGAAGAUGAUGGAGUGGUCUUGUCAGUCAUCAUCACACCCAGAGAGGAGAAAAGUAGUUUCUUGCUCGUUCUGGAUGCCAAGACCUUCACCGAGCUGGGCAGAGCUGAGGUCCCUGUCAAUAUCCCAUCUGGGACCCACGGCGUGUUUAACAAGAUGGUCUAGAUGUGCCGCUGUUUGCAACUCUGUGGCAAAUUGCUGAAACUGAACCAGCAACCGGCCACUUUAUCCACAGAAUAGAAUAUCUCAGAAGAUGUCAUUGCCUGUGAAACUCCUGAACUGUUAAAGACAGAAGGAAAGGAAUAUGGGGGGAAAACUGCAGACGGGUGCUAUUUCUUUGUGCCUGCUUGAUAGAAAUAGGAGCAUGUCCUCAGUUUGCUGCCAUUACAUUAAGAAAGAUGACAAUCUCUUGGACAAUAACAAGACAACUAGCCCAGCAUAGCCUCAGCACACAGAUGUAGACUGUCCUCUGUGUGUUUUAAUGUGCCCUUGUAAGAAUUUUAAAUACCCCUUUAGGUACCAAACAGCUAAUAAGGCUACUUACUUGGAAGGACUAAUAUUGUCAGUGGGAAAAAUACAUUAAAAUCAAUACACACAUUUAAAUAAAA